CGGACACCCCAGCCCAGCCCCGGGACCGAAGGACCCGCAGAGCCGAGGUUCUGUGCCCGGUCCAUCCCUGCCUUUCCUCCAGGCAUCCCGCAGCAGCUUCCAGGCUCUCCGGCAGGCAAGCCUGGCAGUUACACCGUGGGCACCAUGUCAGAACGCUUCGACUGCCACUACUGCCGGGACCCCCUGCACGGGAAGAAGUACGUGAAGAAAGAGGGCAAGCACUGCUGUGUCAAGUGCUUUGAGAAGAUCUGUGCCAACACCUGCAUCGAGUGCAAGAAACCCAUUGGAGCUGACUCCAAGGAGAUGCAUUUCAGGAACCGGUACUGGCACGACAGCUGCUUCCGCUGCUUCAAGUGCUACACGUCCCUGGUCAACGAGCCCUUCAUGCUGAGGGAGAACAACAAGGUUUGGUGUAGCAACUGCACUGCUGCUGAGGAUGCUCCCAGGUGUAAGGGCUGCUUCAAGCCUAUUAUUGCAGGAGACCAAAAUGUUGAGUACAAGAAGAUGGUCUGGCAUAAGGACUGUUUCACUUGCAGCCAGUGCAAGCAAGUGAUUGGAUCUGGGAGCUUCUUCCCCAAGGGUGACGAGUUCUACUGUGUCUCCUGCCAUGAGCAUAAGUUUGCCAAGACCUGUGCUAAAUGCAAGAAUCCCAUCACUUCUGGAGGCCUCACUUACCAGGAACAGCCUUGGCAUUCGGAGUGUUUCAUCUGCUCCAACUGCAAGAAGCAGCUGGGUGGGAAGCGCUUCACAGCUGUAGAAGAUGAGUUUUACUGUGUUGAAUGCUACAAGGAGUGUGUUGCCAAGAAGUGUGCUGGCUGCAAGAAUCCUAUUACAGCAGGAUUUGGAAGAGGAACCAGUGUGGUUAACUAUGAAGAUGAAUCCUGGCAUGAUUACUGUUUCAAGUGCACAAAGUGUGCCCGUGGUCUGGCCAACAAGCGUUUUGUUUGCCAUAAUGGAAAAAUUUACUGUGCUGAGUGUCCCAAACGACUGUAAAGAGUACAUGGCAAGUGAUGUAAAAUGGAUUUUAGAGCCCUGCUUUCCAAAAACAGUUCUGGUAAAAGAGCAGGUCUUUUGCAUGUUAAGAAUU